AUGUAUAGCAUGAUGAUGGAAACGGACCUCCACUCCCCCGGCCACCAGACGAACACGUCCACGGGGCAAACGGGGCCAAACGGUGGCUCCAAAGCCAACCAGGAGCGCGUAAAGAGACCAAUGAACGCGUUCAUGGUGUGGUCCCGGGGGCAGCGGAGGAAGAUGGCACAGGAGAACCCCAAGAUGCACAACUCGGAGAUCAGUAAGCGGCUUGGCGCGGAGUGGAAGGUGAUGUCCGAGGCGGAGAAGCGUCCUUUCAUCGACGAGGCGAAGCGGUUGCGCGCCAUGCACAUGAAAGAACACCCGGAUUACAAGUACCGGCCCAGACGGAAGACCAAGACGUUGCUGAAAAAGGACAAGUAUUCUCUCGCGGGGGGGCUCCUUUCUGGACCCAGCGGUGGCGCUGGAGUUGGUUUGGGUGUCGGCAUGAGUUCAUCUGGGGUCGGACAGAGGUUGGAGAGCCCCGGGGGUCACGCGGGUUCCGCCGGUUCCGGCUACGCGCACAUGAACGGCUGGGCGAACGGCGCGUACUCGGGGCAGGUGGCUGCAGCCGCGGCGGCCGGCCAGCACCCUGGCAGCGGGUCGCACAACCCGCAGCCCAUGCACCGCUACGACAUGACGGCCCUGCAGUACAGCCCCAUCUCGAACUCUCAGAGCUACAUGAACGCCUCUCCAUCCGGCUACGGCGGGAUCACCUACACGCAGCACCAGGGCUCCGGUGUCUCCUCCUCGGCCGCCAUGGGCACGUUAGGAUCUCUGGUUAAAUCGGAGCCAAGCGUAAGCCCCCCCGUCAGCAGCGCGCACUCACGGGGCCCCUGUCCCGGAGACUUGAGGGAGAUGAUAAGCAUGUAUUUACCCACCGGGGAGCCCGGGGACCCGUCCAUGCAGAGCAGACUCCACGCGCUGCCUCAGCAUUACCAGAGCGCCGCGGCGGGGGUGAACGGGACGGUCCCUCUAACGCACAUUUAG